AUGGAAGUACGUCAGAGACCGAAGCAGGCAAUCGUGUUAACGGAUAUUGCUAUACAGUAUUCGAGGGUGAGGAAGAGCAGACGGUGGCCUGGAAACGUCAUUGACGCUUGUGAGCUACUGUGUGCUACUGGGCGCACAGCAGAGUUGUUUCUCGGCAUAGUGGAGCACAAGCAUGAAGAGCUCGCCACUGCUCUGACCUGCCAAUGCUGCCGCGAGAGAGGUUCGCUAGAGGCGCGUGACCUCACCUCCAGGACUUACUCAGCAAUUGCAGCAAACCAGGCAUAUGAUGCCCUUGCCCAACAGGCUGCUCCCAUGUCGAUGGCAGAGGCGGUUACUUUACCACAAUCCCCUUCUGAGCGCUACAAGUCAUUCCUGAAGCCGAAGCGCGCGUCUCUAUUACAAGCCACACUUCAGCAGCCGCCCACCAGCACUGCGAACCUCUAG